AUGUCUCCCCUUCUCUCAACUCCCCCGGCGAAGAGCCAGAACAAACUCAACAAUGUCCUUAAUAGCGUUGCCAAACAAUGCAAAACAUCUCCCGACCAAGUGCAAGAUAUCUACCCUUGCACGCCGUUGCAGCAGGGCUUGAUAACCCUCUCCGUGACGACCCCGGGCGCGUACAUGGCACAGCAUGUAUACAAGCUACAGCCCGGGGUCGAUCAGGAACGCAUGAAACAAGCCUGGACCACCAUUUUCCAUAAACACGCGAUCCUACGCACGCGCAUCCUGAUGCUCGGAGAAAAUGCCAUGCAGGUGGUGCUGAAGCACGCGGUGGACCCGUGGAGCGACUGCAGCGAUCUGCAGGCAUAUCUCACAGCAGAUCAACCGAUCGCUCUGCAACUGGGCGAACCACUGUCGCGACUGGCCAUUUCCGCUUCCCAUGUGGUCUGGAGUGCCCACCAUAGCAUCUACGACGGCUUCUCCGUUGAGCUUAUCCUGCGUGACGUGGCGGCUGUGUAUGCGGACGACGAUAUUCCCCAACGGCCGUCGUUUCGCCAGUUCAUCCAGCGCACGUUCCAGCAGAAGCAAAAGGCGCAGACUGAGGAGUUUUGGAAGCAGAAGACUGCCCAUAUCGAGGAUGUGGAUUUGUUUCCCCGUCUGCCAGCUCCGACAUACCGGCCACAGCCCAAUAGUGUUUACGAGCGUGAGACCAGACUGUCUAUCGAGGGUCCUUCAAGAGUGACUCUGUCGACCGUUGCAAAUGCCGCCUGGGCUCUUGUGCAGUCUAGCCAUCUGGGAGUUGACCGGAUUGCGUAUGGAGCCGCAUUAAGCGGGCGAAACAGCAACAUGCCAGACAUUGACAAGGUCGUUGGCCCUACUCUGGCCACAGUUCCUGUCUGUCUGGACGUGAACCGCAACCAGCUUGUACGCGACUAUCUCCAGGCGACUCAGGCCUAUUUCACCGAGAUCAUUCCGCAUCAGCACAUCGGACUGCAGAAUCUCAAGCGGCUGAAUGCCACUACGGGAGCAAUCUGCAACUUCCAGACCCUCUUUGCGUUCCAGCCAGCAGGCAUGGCGGAGUCGCAGCCAUACAGCCAUCUCCUUGCUGAGGAGAACAGGGAUGGAAUCGAAGCAGGCUUUUACAAUUACGCCCUCACAGUGCAGUGCUCGCUGGCAGGGAAUGGCAUCUUUAAGCUGCUGGCUUCAUACGACGACACCCUGAUAUCGAAACCGCAGAUGGAGCGGCUCGUCUUCCAGUUCGAGCACAUCGUCUCCCAGUUCAUUGCGACAAAUGGGACAGAGAAAUUGAAGGACAUUGAUCUCAUUUCUCCCCAGGAUAUGGCCCAGCUUGACGCCUGGGAUGGAGUCGCAGAGCGAUAUCCACCCUCACUACCUUUGGACGCAAUCGGUCUCUCCCUUGCUACUCGCCCUGAUGCCACCGCUGUGUCGGCCUGGGACGGGGAACUCUCCUACGCACAAUUAGACAGCCUCGCAGGCAGACUUGCCAGCUGGCUGAUCCAGAGCUGCAACGUCGGCCCAGAAACGGUCAUCCCUAUCUGCUUCCACCGAUCCCAGUGGAUGGUCGUGUCCAUGCUGGCUGCGUUGAAGGCCGGCGGUGCAUUCCUCCUGCUUGAUCCCAUCUACCCAGAGCAGCGGCUCAACUACAUGAUGGAGAUGGUCCAAGCCAGAAAUAUUCUAAUCUCAGAAUCAUGCAAAGACCAAUUCACCACGUUCAAUGGGACAGCGCAAGUUGUUGACGCAGCAUGGUUCCAAUCUCACACUGAACCAGCAAUUCCUCUCCCAUCAGAAAAAGACCUUCCCUCUGACCGAGCCAUGUAUCUCGUCUUUACAUCAGGGACGACCGGCCAGCCGAAGGGUGUGGUAACAACCCACCAGAGCUACGCCGUAGGCGCAGCAGGACACAUCCCCGCCCUCGGCCUCGACACAAACACACGACAACUCUUCUUCGCCUCUCCAGCAUUCGACCUAAGUAUCUACGAGACCAUCGGGUCCUUAAUGGCAGGAAGCACCAUCUGCGUCCCAGCAGAGGAAGACCGCAACGGCAGCGUCGCGCCGGUUAUACGCAACAUGAACGUCAACAUGAUUUCCUUGACCUCGUCGUAUGCCCGACAUAUGCGUCCUGAAGAUGUCCCUUGUCUCAAGACACUAGCCCUAGCGGGUGAACCCAUGGCGACGGAUGUCCAGCGUGUCUGGGCUGAUAAACUUACCCUUCUCAAUGCAUAUGGCCCUGCCGAGUGCUCUGUCGUUAGCACCGUCAAGCGACCUGUCUUGAUGGAUACAUAUUCCGCCAAUAUCGGUCCUCCGACUGCAGGUAGGGCCUGGAUCGUGGAUCCAAAGGACCAUGACUCUCUGCUUCCCAUCGGGGCAACGGGUGAGCUUCUCGUUGAGGGAGGCCACCUUGGGCGUGGGUACCUCAAUGACCCGGAGAAGACGGCAGCAGCUUAUAUAUUUGAUCCCCGCUGGGCGAAGACACAGGGUUCUGGACCUCGACGGUUUUAUAAAACCGGUGACUUAGUGCACUUUGAUGAGGAUGGCUCGAUUAUUAUUGAAGGACGUAAGGACACCCAGGUCAAGAUCCGGGGCCAGCGUGUCGAAAUCGCAGAAGUCGAAUAUCACGUUACGAACCUGUUUCCCAAAGCUGUUGGGACUGCGGUUGAGGUUUUCAGACAGGAGAGUCAAGUCCACCUCGUCGCCUUUCUCUUCUGCGAUGAAGCGACGUGGAAUGGAGGCGAUUCCUCAAAGAAUAUCCUCCAGCGUCUCAGCACAACUGAUAUCAAGAGCAUGUCCGAUAUCAAACUCCAGCUGGAAAAGGUCCUCCCUCACCAUAUGGUGCCUACUCGGUACCAGCUGUGGCCGCAAAUGCCCACCUCGCUGUCUGGGAAGUUAGAGAGAAAGGCACUCCGAGAAGAACUGCGUCACCCAAGUGGAAAUAUAAUCGAGCUCGACGAGACAACGGCUACUUUCCCUGCAAUUGAUCCUUCAGAUGGCGUUGCUCUGCGCCUCAAUCAGAAGAUUCUUGAUCUCGCUGGCGAGAAGACAGCAGCCCUUGAAGGCCGGGACUUCCCCUUGUCUAUUCUCGGGCUGGACUCUAUCCAGCUUAUCAGUAUCGUCACAUUCAUCCGCAGCGAGUGGGGAACCAAGAUGACUGUGGGCACAUUAUACGACCUCAAACUCACCCUGACGGAUCUGGCAGACCUCAUCAAGGGUCCUCAAUCGGGCAGAUCAAGCCCGGCUGUACCAACCCUCGAUCUCUCCAAAGAGCUUCAAAGCGUUUACAGAGAAUUAACACGCCGGUCGGAAUCCAUCAAGCAUAAGCGACGCGUCUUCCUGACCGGCGCAACGGGUUUACUAGGAUCACAGAUUCUACGUCAACUGCUCGCCGAUCCCAGUGUGCAACGAGUCAUCGUUCAUGUUCGCGCCAGCGAUGCCACCAAGGGCAUGGCCCGAGUCGUGUCCACUGCAACAAUGGCUAAGUGGUGGUCCCCUUCAUACGCAAGCCGGGUGGAAUGCUGGCCAGGGGACCUGGCAAUGCCCCAGCUCGGCCUCCAGUCCGAACAGUGGCGGAUGCUCUGCGGUCUAGGAGGGCCAGAGACUCGAGUCACAUCAAUCAUCCACAACGGUGCAGCUGUGCAGUGGCAGGCUCCGUACCAGGCGCUCAAGGCUGCGAAUGUAGACUCCACCGUGGAACUUUUGACUGCUGUCGCGCAGUGGGCAGAGCCUGGUAGUUUCACGUUUGUUUCAGGAGGACUGAAGAAAUCACCCGGGCAGGACUUUGAGUCGUUCCUCAAGGCCCUUGAGCAGGCCAACGGGUACAGUCAGAGUAAGUUUGUUGCUGAGGAGCUGGUCUCGCGGUUUGCUGGUCAUCAAUCUGUCCAUCGCGUGUCGAUUGUCCGUCCCGGUUGGGUCAUUGGUACUGAACAGGAUGCUGUCCCCAAUACCGAUGAUUUCCUGUGGAAGCUGGUUCAGGCGUGUAUCCAGAUUGGAGCGUACCCUGCUGAAGGGGGAGAGCAGUGGUUAACAGUCGCUGAUGCUGAGGAGGUAUCAACGCGUAUCCUGGGCACGACAUUUGCAGCCAGCGGCGACUCUCCUGCCGUUGAUAAUGUGGAUAAUGGAACCACGGUAUCGCGCUUCUGGGAGCUCGUCAAAGAAGCUACUGGCAUGAAGCUAACUCCAAUGAGCGCUGAACACUGGAAACAGGCUGCCCAGGACUUUGUCUCUCGCCAGUCGAACCAGGCCCCGUUUUUGCCGGUGCUGGCGAUGCUGCAGGAUCCCCAGAUGAGCUUUGGGGUGAAGCAGCCUGCAGAUGCCAGGCCGAGUGGCCAGGUGGACGCUGCGAUGAAGAGCAAUGUUCGGACUCUGGUGGAAGCUGGCUUCUUCUCAGAGUCUCCGAGUGCAACUGCUUCGUCCAAGGUCUUUACCAGAUCGCGGGUGAACGAGGCUCGUCCGGGGUUGUUUGUUUAA